AUGGGUCAGUUGUUCUCUGCUACUCCUAAUCAUGCUCAACACCAAGCUUUGGUUCCUAGAUUUACUUCAUAUUUUAACAACUUCGAGAUGGGAAGCAUAAUCAUCUCUCAAAAAACCUUCAGUUUUAUAGUGUCACUCCUACAAAAAGGGAACAUUCAGGAGGCAAAUUCUACAAUCAGGUAUGCUUUAAAAGAAAUUGACAAUACCCAACUGGACAUUGCUGUGACAGGGGAGUCUGGAGCAGGGAAGUCCAGUUUCAUCAAUGCCCUGAGAGGGGUUGGACAUGAAGAAAAAGAUGCAGCUCCUGUUGGGGUGGUGGAGAUGACCAUGGAGAGAACUGCAUACAAACACCCAAACUUUCCCAGUGUGACAAUCUGGGAGCUGCCUGCCAUUGGAGCCACUAAUUUAGAGCCAAAAGAUUAUCUGGACAAAGUAAAAUUUAGGGAGUAUGACUUCUUCAUUAUUGUUUCUGCUACACGAUUCAAGAAAAUUGACCUAGACUUGGCCAAGGCAAUCAAAACUACGAAGAAGAAUUUCUACUUUGUAAGAACCAAGGUGGAUUCUGAUUUACGAAAUGAAGAAAUGUCUAAGCCAACUACCUUUGACAGAGAAAACGUCCUGCAGCAGAUCCGAGAGGACUGUGUGAGAAAUCUGAAGAAGAAUAACAUUGAUGAACCACAGAUAUUCUUAAUUUCCAACAACAAUUUAUCUGAGUAUGAUUUCCCAAUCAUGAUGGACACCCUAAUAAAGGAUCUCCCUGCUCAAAAGCGCCACAUUUUUAAGUUUUCCUUGCCUAACAUUAUGGAGGCAGACAUUGAAAGGAAACGGGAUUCUCAGAUGCAGUAUAUCUGGCUAGAAGCCUUCAAUGCUGGAGUAUCUGCCUUCACACCUUUCAAGAUCUUCUUCAGUAACAAUGAGGUGGAGAAGCUGAAGGCAAGUUUAAACCAGUAUCGAGUCCUUUUUGGAGUUGAUGAUGCAUCCCUGAAAACUUUGGCUAAGCAUUUGCAAGUGCCAGAAGAACAACUCAAAGAAAUCAUUAAAUCUCCAACUUUGUUGGAAACUGAGAAGGAAGAAACAAUAGGGGAAAUGUUAUUGAGAUAUUUGAAGAAUUUUUUUAUACAUGGUGGAGGCCCCCUUGGUGCAGCUCUUUACUACAAUAAAAUAUAUUAUUUGCAACUUUAUCUCCUUGACACGGUAACUGAUGAUGCUAAAGUUCUCCUUAAAGCCAAAUAUUCAGGAAAACAGUUCAAAUCCAAACCUCACACAGCUGCUGACCACAAGAGAACCUAA